GUCAGAACAAGAAUCGUAAUGCUGCCACGGCCGCCCUAAGUCAAAGGUCUAUUCUUGUUUCAGCUCAAGGCCUAAACCCACCGCCCUAAAAAUCUUCCGAGUCUCCCUGCUGCUCCGAUCUACAAUCAGAUUCCGAAGAUGGCCACCGCUCUGGACAUGUCUCUCGACGACAUCAUAAAGGCCAACAAGAAGUCCAACAAGGGCUCUUCUCGAGGAGGAGGCGGCGGCGGAGGCGGAGAUAAACCACCUCGCUCCGCCGGUCCUGGUCCUAGCCGUCGUGCCUCCAAUCGCGCCGCCAACAGAUCCGGCCCCUAUUCCAAGCCGGGCGCCCAGCCAGCUCCCGAAUCGGCAUGGCAGCACGACAUGUAUACCGAGGCUUCCGGCAGCGGUGCCGCUUCGUUUCCCGGCGGCCGUGGUGGUCGAGCCGCCUCCCUCGAGACAGGAACCAAGAUCUAUAUCUCAAACUUGGAUUAUGGAGUUUCUGAUGAAGAUAUCAAGGAGCUGUUCUCUGAGGUUGGUGAUAUGAAACGGUACACAGUGCAUUACGAUAGGAGUGGGAGAUCAGAGGGAACUGCUGAAAUUGUAUUUGCACGCCGGGAAGAUGCUAUUGCUGCUGUCAAAAGAUAUAAUGAUGUGCAACUAGAUGGGAAACCAAUGAAGAUCGAGAUCGUUGCCAAGAAUAUUCCUCCUCCUGCUGCUGCUGCUGCUCAUUCACCUGCAGAAGGCUUCAACCGGAAUCAAACUGGUGGUGGCAGAAGGCAAGGAAGGGGAAGAUCUGCAGGAGGGCCUCGUGGUGGUGGUGGUGGUGGUGGUAGCGGCGGAGGUGGUGGCGGUGGCCGUGGUGCCAGAGCUGGGAAGGGAAGAGGCAAAGGUCGUGGUGAGAAGGUAUCAGUGUCAGCGGAGGAUCUUGAUGCUGAUCUGGAGAAGUACCACUCAGGAGGAGCAAUGCAAGAAGACUAGAAUGUCUCUCCAUCUCCCCGUGCCCUACUUGCUACCUAGACAGUUUCAUCAACACUGGAGUCUGGGACUGCUAAAGGAAGCACAUUUCUGAGUUAUUGUACCUGCAAUUAAAGUCUACAUACAAAAUGGGCAUUUGGCAAAAUGUUACUGAAUCCUUUUUCGCUUUUAAAAAAUUGUACUAUGGAGGAAGGAGACAGUAUCGUGUUCUGGUAUCCUGUAAGAUAUUCCCCUGCUUGUUGGAAUGUUGAUUUGCCCUUAUUGUUCACUGCCAACAUGACAAUUUGAUGCCUUGUACUCUUGUAAGCUGGAGAUUUAAGCCACUGCUGAACAGCCAUUUCUUCGUCGAAGAUGGCAAAUUUGAAUUUGCCUGUGUGUUUUGGCAAAACUGUUUCGUUUGCUUUAGUAAGUUUUG